CCGAAAGGGUAGCGGCCGCCUCGCCGUCGGGUAGGCUGGGAAGUUUGCAGGGCGGGGCUCUGAGUGGCGCGCCGAAGAGGCAGAGUCGGGGAAUCUUGUUCUGUGCCACACUCCGCGGCGAGGCUCGGGCUCAUCCGCAAGAUUGAUUUGUCCAGAACCAGAAGAAAAGAUACAAACGUGAACUGAAGACCUGCAAGAAGUGAAUCUUGCAAUUGUCUGAAAUGCUUGGAAAUGUAGCCCUCUGGUAGGGCCAUGAACCUAAAACAAGUCUCUGUAUCUGUACUGAUGUUUGGAGUAGCGGGUCUGUUCCUUUUCAUGUAUCUGCAAGCCUGGAUUGAAGAUCAACAUACAGUGUCUGAAGAAAAACUACAACAGCAGAUAAUUAAUCAGGACUUCAGAUUCUAUUAUAUAGAAGAACCUGCAGGAACACCCAAAAACUGCAUCACAGCUCGGAAAACUGACAAACCAAGUACGACUUCUAUUGAGAAUGGGCCUUCCCAGGGAAAUGCUGCUCCUUUUCUUGGGGUAGCAGAAUCCUUGACUACUGGAUUAUCAGAAGAGUCACAAAAGAUAAAAUUGCUUCUCAAACAGUUCAAGCAAGUGAAUUUGCCCCCAACCAUGCGACCGUUGCACAAGAAUUUCAUCAAAGACAACCGCUGGAAAGCCACAGAUGAGAUUCAGGAGAAACGGAGAUCUUCCCUUUAUGACUUCUGUAAGAAAUACAUUAGUCAAAACAGACCCUGGACUCACCUUUUGCGCAUGGUGUCUAGAAUAUAUGUAGAAGACAAAUACAAACUCUUGUAUUGUGAAGUCCCUAAGGCAGGCUGUUCCAACUGGAAAAGAGUUCUAAUGGUACUCAGUGGCCAUGCUGAGUCUGUUGCUAAUAUUACCCAUGAUGCUGUGCACUAUGGAAAGCAUCUGAAGAAAUUAGACAGUUACGAUUUAAAAGGGAUACACAUGCGUUUAAAAAGCUACACUAAGUUUAUCUUUGUACGGGAUCCCAUGGAAAGAUUAGUGUCUGCAUUUAGAGAUAAGUUUGAACAUCCAAACAGCUACUACCACCCUAUAUUUGGAAAGGCAAUUAUUAAGAAAUACAGACUUAAUGCAAAUAAAAAGGCAUUGAUAACAGGCUCAGGAGUGAAGUUUGAAGAGUUCAUCCAGUAUCUGUUAGAUUCCCAUAGGCCAGUAGGUAUGGACAUACAUUGGGAUCAGAUUAGCAAACUUUGUUAUCCUUGCCUUAUCAACUAUGAUUUCAUCGGUAAAUUUGAAACAUUGGAAGAAGAUGCCAAUUAUUUUUUGACGCUGAUAGGUGCUCCAGAGCAGCUGACAUUUCCUACUUUUAAAGACAGGCAUUCCACUGACGAAAGAACAAAUGCAGAAGUUGUGCAACAGUACUUAGCAGAAAUUCCUGCCACAGAGAGGCAGCAGACCUACAACUUUUACUAUCUGGAUUAUUUAAUGUUCAACUAUACUACACCAUAUGCAAAGCCCUGAUGGGGUUUGGUUUAAUGAUUACGCCAUUUUACCAUGCAACUCUGCAUAAAAGAAACAUAGCUUCUUAAAUGGAGAUGUUUUGAUUCACUAAAGUUUUCAUGAACUAAAGUGACACCAACUGGCACAAAUUAUAGGAAUAACACAGAAGAAGAGCUAAUUGCACUGAAAUGUCUGGGAGGGAAAACACUUUUACAUUAGUCAACUUUGAAAUCUGCAAUGCAACAGAUAUACUGGGUGUGACAUUAAAUCAAGCAUUCUUUUAAUGAUUUGAAAACCUCCCAAACAGCAUGAUCUUAUUGUAUCUAUUUGGGAAGAAUCUGCCAUGUGUUAUGAAAGUGUUUUUGUACCUUCUGAGGAAUAUUAGUUAAAAGACAGCUUCCAACAGCAUUGUAUACCGUACAUUCAGCAUUCAUAGUGCAUCAAGAUGGGGCUGUUGGGUUGGAGCUAUAUUAAAAUAAUGCAUAGAUAAUGGCUUUGAUCUAACUAUAUGCAUAUGCAACAACCCAGCUGCAAACAAAGAACACUCUUAGAAAAGCAGGAGUCACAACAAGCAACUGUUUGGGGACCAGGGAAAACUUAAAUCCAGCCCCAUGAUUAUUAUUUAUUAUUAUUAUUUUACAUUUAUAUCCUGCUCUUCCUCCAAGGAGCUCAGAGCGGUACACUACAUACUUAAGUUUCUCUUUCACAACAAGGUUAGGCUGAGAGAGAAGUGACUGGCCCAGAGUCACCCAGCUAGUCUCAUGGUUGAAUGGGGAUUUGAACUCAGGUCUCCCCGGUCCUAGUCCAGUACUCUAACCACUACACCACGCUGGCAUGAUCCCAAUCAGCUGUUUGUAUGAAAAAGAGGGACUGGAGAUUUGGCACCUAUUUGCACACACACUUCCUCAUUCAGCUACAAUAUAUAUGCAUGCAGACAUUAGUUUUCACAUGCAUUUUCCCUAGAUGGGCAGCAUGCAUGUUAUUUCCCAAGAAUAAUAGUAACACUGUGGAACCAACUUUUGAGUUGCAAGCUUUUGAACCUUACAAGUCCUUAGGUACAUACUUCUACUAAGUCAGUUCACUGGUCCGUCUAGCUCAGUACAGUAUACUCUGACUGGCAGUGUCUCUCCAACAUUUGAGACAAGAGCCUUAUCCCAACCCUAGCUGGAGAUGCCAGGGAUUGAACCUGGGUGGGGCCUUUUAUCAGCUCUGGCUGGUAUGCCAACUGAGAGUUUGCCUAGAUAGAGAUAGUUUGGCCACCGUUACUCAUGCUUUAGUAACCUCUCGCUUAGAUUAUUGCAAUGCAUUGUACGUGGGGCUGCCUUUGAAAAUGUACCAGAAACUGCAGCUGGUACAAAAUAGGCCUGCAAGAUUGUUAACUGGGACUGGAUGUUUGGAUCAUAUUACACCAGUGCUUCAUCAACUGCACUGGCUCCCAGUCCAUUUCUGGGCCCGAUUCAAAGUGCUGGUUUUAACCUUUAAAGCCCUAAAUGGCUUGGGACUGGGUAACAUGAGAGAGUAGCUUGCCCCAUACGUCUCGAUGCGGACCUUAAGAUCUUCUUUGGAGGCCCUGCUCCAAGGGCCCCUGCUAAAAGAGGUGAGGUGGUGGCUAUUAGGAAGAAGGCCUUUUUGGUGGUUGCACCCCAUCUAUGGAAUAGCCUUCCAAGUGAGGUUCACCUGGCUUCAUCACUUUGUUCUUUUAGAUGCCAGGUAAAGACCUUUUUGUUCACUCAGGCCUUUUAAAUUAAAGUCUUUAAUUUUAGUUUUUAAAACUGACUUAAAAACAGUUUUUAAAUUGUUUUGUAUUGUAUUUUGUACUGUCUAUUUUUUUGGUGUGUUGUUAUUUCAUGUGUUAUGUUUUUACUUGAUGUUUUAAUGCUGUGUUGUGAGCCGCCCAGAGAACAAUUUGUUAUGGAGCAGCUAACAAAUAAAGUUCAUUAUUUUA